AUGUCACAGGGGGGGAGCAGCAACGUCAUCGACGGGAGGAGGAUCUCGCAGCUGGUGCAGGAGGAGGUGAAGCUCCACGUGGAACAGCUCAAGAGCGAGCACGGGGUGGAACCGGGACUUGCGGUGCUGAUCAUCGGGGACAGGACAGAUAGCCAGGUGUACGUGAAGCACAAGGUACUAGCAUGCGAGAAGUGCGGUAUCAGGUCCGUCAAGGUGGAGCUGGGCAAGGAGACGACGCAGGAGGAGGCGGAGAGGGUCGUGCGGGAGCUCAACGGCGACUCGUCGAUCCACGGCAUCCUGGUCCAGCUCCCGAUUCCAGAGCACCUCGACGAGAAGAAGCUGCUGGCUGAGAUCUCCUUUGAGAAGGACGUCGACGGGUUUCACCCUACCAACAUCGGGCUCCUCGCCAUGCGCGAUCGCAAGGCCCUUGCGCAGCCAUGCACUCCCUCGGGUGUAAUGGAGAUCCUGAGAAGGGAGAAGGUGGAAACGAAAGGAGCCAAGGCUGUUGUGGUCGGCAGGUCCAACAUCGUCGGCAUUCCAAUGGCCCUCCUCCUCCUCAAGGCCAACGCUACUGUAGAGGUUGUUCACUCUCAGACUCCUCGGGCUGAACUUGAGAGUGCCGUCAAGUCAGCUGACAUCCUCGUCGUAGCGGCUGGAAAAGCUGGCCUCGUCGAUGGCUCGUGGAUCAAGGAAGGAUCCGUCGUCAUCGAUGUCGGCAUGAACUCCAUACCGGACGCGAGCAAAAAGAACGGCUACCGUCUAGUCGGAGACGUUCAGUAUGACGAGGCAGCCAAGAGGGCCAAGCUCAUCACGCCGGUCCCAGGAGGAGUCGGCCCCAUGACUGUCGCCAUGCUCAUGCACAACACGGAGGGAGGACGAAGGGUUGCAAGUCUGACGUGA